GCUUUCGUAAACAAAACAACGUGUUUCGCUCUUUUCGUUGGAAUUCGGUUGUGUUUGGACGUGGUCGAGAAAUAUUUUGUAAUAAAAAUCAGGAUUUACGCAGAUCAUGUCCUCUGGAAGAAUAAAGAAACCGGUCACGCGUCGUGGCCGGCGUGCGCUCGAUGCCCGAGAGCCCAAAACGAUCGAAAAUCCCAAGAAAACGCUCAUCAUGGAAGGUCGCAAGUGUUCGCACGAAAUCCGGCAAGCGCUCAAGGAUAUGAACCUGUUCAAGAAGCCGCUGGUCAGUCUGAUGCGACGGAACAACGACGUUACGAUGUUUGAGGAUGCGACGCCGCUGGAACAGUUGGCCAAAUCGAACGACUGUCACCUGUUCAUGUUCGGCUCGUCCUCGAAGAAGCGUCCAAACAACCUGAUCUUCGGUCGCAUCUACGACGAACAGAUCCUGGACAUGGUCGAGUUUGGCAUCAAGCAGUACAAAAGCCUGCAGGACUUUAAAAGCGAGAAAAUCUCAGCCUUCGUCAAACCCGUAAUCGUCUUCAACGGGUACAAGUGGAAACUCACCGAGGAACUGCGCCGAAUUCGGAGUCUGCUCCUAGACAUGUUCCACAUUGACGACGUGUCCACGAUACGGCUGCAGGGCCUGGAACACGUGCUCAGUUUCACAAUCACCGAAGACCUGACCAUCCUGAUGCGCUCGUACCGAAUCAUGCUGAAAAAGAGCGGCCAGCGGACACCCCGCAUCGAACUGUCCGAGAUGGGCCCGUCGAUGGAUCUGACCAUCCGGCGCACCAAGCUGGCCUCGGACGACCUCUACAAGACGGCCAUGAAGCAGCCGGCGAUUCUGAAGGUCGCCAAGCGGAAGAACAUUUCCCGGGACGAGCUGGGCAAUGUGCACGGCCGGGUGCACGUCGGCAAGCAGGACAUCAACGUGCUGCAGACGCGCAAGAUGAAGGGUCUGAAGAAGACGGCCGAAGAGCGGAAGGCCGACCGGGUGAAGCGGAAGCAGGGAAAAGCCGCGGCGGCGGCGGCCGGUGCGGCGGAUUCUGACGGGAAUGGGUCCGACCAGGAGUAUGACGGUGGCGACGGUGGAAUGGACGUUGAUAGUGAUGAGUGAAACGGUUUACCUGGUAGGCACUUUAUUUCAAUAUUAAUAUCAAUCAAUAAAACAGUAAAAUGUUAAAAAAAAACUUAAUCUUGAAACAUGA